GAGCGUCGAUCUGUGAAGGAUGGAAGUACUCAGCAACCCGAAGAUAGCACUGAUGUUCCCGAAAGUUCUAGUCCAGUUUUUGUUGCAGUUGUCGCCAAGGAGAUUUCUGCAGUUACUGUUGAUUCGUCAGCGGAUGGUAAAGACUCUUCUGCAGUGGCUAAGAAGGACGGUGUUAUUGUAGCUUAG